UUUCCAGCUGCAACCCCUUAGUAGUCCCCAAAGACAGCAUGUCCUCCUCCUCCGGCUCUUCUUCCUUCCUCUCGGCGCCAAUGAGCCGCUCCUUUGUGCCGAAGGGCUUGACCCUUCUCACCUCUAUCCUUCUCUUGGUCUAUAUCUCCUCCACCUCCAAUUACUUCCUCCAUCUCCGCAAUAACCUUCUUCUCCUCACAUCCUCACUCGGCUCCGCCCCUUUUCCUCCCCGGAUCCACCCGGACCCCCCGUCUCUCGCCCGAAACGCUUCCAAUGGUGGCGUUUCUGAUGUGCCCCGGUCGCCAGGUUCGAAAAAGGCGCCGCCUUUUUUAUGGGAUGGGAGCGGCCUGGAAGGCAGGAUCGAUCGGUCUUCGAGGUCUAGGCAACAAUUUGGUUCAAAAGGUAAAGGUUUUAACAAUCAGGUGUUUCAUGAUAAAUAUAUAUUUACUGAAGACUAUAAGGAGAUGAACCGAAGCUUUAAGGUUUUUGUAUACCCACAUAGCAAAGAGCAUCCAUUUGCACAUGCCUUUCUCCCGGUGGACUUUGAACCUGGUGGAAACUAUGCUAGUGAAAGUUACUUUAAAAAGGCUCUUAUCCAAAGUCAUUUCAUAACUAAGGAUCCAUUGGAGGCUGAUCUCUUCUUCUUACCUUUCUCAAUUGCAAGGUUGCGUCAUGAUCCAAGAGUUGGUGUUGGAGGCAUCUCAGAAUUUAUACGCAAUUAUAUUACUGAUAUUAGGCAAAACUACCCUUAUUGGAACCAAUCUGGUGGUGCCAACCAUUUUUAUGUUGCUUGCCAUUCCAUUGGAAGGUCUGCAAUGGCGAGAGCAGAAGAAGUUAGAUUGAAUGCAAUUCAAGUUGUAUGCUCUUCUAGUUAUUUUCUCUCUGGAUAUGUUGCACACAAGGAUGCAUCUUUGCCUCAGAUCUGGCCGAGACAUGGAACCCCUCCAAAUGUAUUUUCAUCAAAAAGGGCCAGACUAGCCUUUUUUUCUGGAUCAGUCAACUCUCCUGUACGCAAAAGACUUAUGGAAGCCUGGGGAAAUGACUCUGAGAUCCUUGUCCAUUCCGGCCACAUUACAACUCCAUACGAGGAGGGGCUUCUUAACAGCAAAUUCUGCCUCCAUGUCAAGGGUUUCGAAGUCAACACUGCAAGGAUCGGCGAUGCAAUCUACUUUGGAUGUGUGCCCGUGAUAAUUGCCAAUCAUUACGAUCUACCCUUUGCUGAUAUACUGAACUGGAAGAGCUUCUCUCUUGUUGUUGCUACCUUGGAUAUUCCACUGCUUAAGAAAAUUCUCCAUGAUGUAAGGCCGGGGCAGUAUGAAAUGUUGCAAAAGAAUGUACUCAAGGUACGCAAGCAUUUCCAGUGGCAUUCUCAUCUUCCAGUAGAUUAUGAUGCCUUUUAUAUGGUAAUGUAUGAACUGUGGCUCCGUCGGAGUGCUAUAAAAUUCUCUGUUUCUUGGACUUCUGAGACGUGUAGUCACAAUAGUAGCACUGUAAACUGCACAUAAGGAUAUCUGUAUGAAUCGAAGUGUUGAGCAAUAACAAGUUAGCUUCAGGUCAGUGA